AUGAUGCUGCCCGUUUUAAGCGUCAUUGCGGUCAUAAUUCUGUUUGUGUUAGCCAUUUAUCGCUUUUUGGGGCCACGUGUUCAGCAUUCAUGGUUUUUCUCAAACGGUGAAGAGAAAAUUGGAUUAUCAAAAGAUAAGCUUUAUAAUGCAAACGGAUAUAUUGUUCAUUCAGGGUCGGAUAUCUUAUUAGGAAGUACAGGAAGUUUCAAGAGAUUCGAUUCUGUUGAUAGGAAUGCACAUGAAGGAGAAUUAGUUUAUGGUCAAACAGCACUUGCUACACCUCCUUGGAAAACUGACGAAGCAAUCCCACCGCAACCGCUUCGACCUGCACCAUAUCAAUUGCCAUUAGUAAUGAAAUCCAAGAACAAAAAUCAAUCACAUAGUCAAGUUUCGAAGCAGGAAAGUCUUGAUCCAAAAACUGUUUCUGGACCGUUGAAAUCUGUACCACGACCCAUUCCUAAAAAACAAUUAUCAGCACCUGCUUCGACAUGCCAUAUACCUUUCAUAAAUCCCCCAGAGAAAGGUUUUCAAAACUCUGUUAAAAACAUGCAAACAACGACAACAAAUCCUUUUCUAAAUGGAUUGAUUAACUUUGAGUCAAUAAAAAGUAACUUCUUCUCGACAAGUGUCACAACAACAACCGAAUGGAAAAUUGAAAAUGAACGUCAAACUAAAAGUGCUUUUGUAUCGAAAAAUCCUUUUAUAACAACAUCUUCGGAAUCUGAUUACAAUAAUGUUUUUGAUUUCAACCCAUCAACAAUAAAAUCCAUCAUGGAAGAAACGCCGGAUGAAGGUUAUUUGGGUGAUAAUGAUGAGAACGACGAUGCUGACCCUUUAAAACAAUUGGAAGAACGAAUUCAGAAAAUUGAAGCUUCAGGAAAGCAAAGACGGAAGAGUAGCGGAAGCGGAACUCCACCUAGAUUUUCACCGAAAAUGUUAAACAAAUCAGGAAACGGACAGAAAAGUGAUCUAAAUUCCGCUCAUCUUCCGGAAAUAUCUCCAAAUGUUAAUGAAAAGUUUGUUGACUCAUCGUUAAACGAAGAUUGCUUGAUUCAAAGCUAUCGAAAACAUAUUCGAAAUCGAUCUUUAUCAGAGAAUGAGACGGGUGAAUUGAGUCAACAUGGCGAUUAUGACGACCAACUCAGUCCCAUUAUCAUAGCACCGCCAUCAACAACAAAUCCCUUUUUAAAUGGAAAAAGACUUUUGAAAACACCUUCAGAAACUUAUCUUGAACAAUAUUCAAUGAUGCGUGCAAACAAAAGUGUGAAUAACAACAUCGCACCAAUCAAGACUAUGCAGCUAUGCAAGCAUCCUUCGCUUAAUAAAAUCAUUCAAAGUUCACAGCAGACGUUGCUUGAAAAUAGCGACUCGUGUCAAAACAUGUCAACCAUGAAACGUGCUCUCUCAUCUGAAUCAAUAUCAUCAGAGUCUUCGGUAGUUAUGAGUACUCUUGAACGAACGAUACCUCCUGUCACAGGCAAUUUAUGUAUUGCUUUACAAUAUGACAAGCACACAGCAACAGAAGAAGGUUGUGAGCUUUUAUGUACAAUCUUGGAAGCGAAAGACUUGAUAAUUCCAGCAGAUGCUGACCCAGAUCACGUUGACACCUUUGUGAGAGUUUAUCUUGUUCCAGACGAGGCGGAAGCCAUGCAGACGAAAAUAUUCAAAAGCUCAAGACACCCAAGUUACCAGGAAUUAUUUGCUUUCUUCAUAACAAAACAAAAUAUUAAGAGAUCCCUAUGGUUUCAUCUUUAUCAUACCAACGUACAAUGCACAACUCUUAUUGGUGAAACUGAAAUGAAAUUAACUGAAAUCCGCAAACCUUUAACAACUUGGCUUCAGCUAUCAGACUCGAGAAAUAAUUGCACGAGUUGGGGAGAUUUAAUGUUUUCACUUUCUUAUUUACCAACAGCUGAGAGACUCACAGUGGUUGUCGUUAAGGCUCGAAAUUUACGACCUGAAAUUGAUGAACAUGAAGGACGACGUGAUGUUAAAACUGAUAUACAAAACGUCUUUGUAAAGGUUUAUUUGCUUAAAAAUGACAGAAAAGUUUCAAAGAAACGAACAAGUACGAAACGAGGCGAAAUAAAUCCUGUUUUUAAUGAAGCGAUGAUGUUUUCUGUUCCUCCAUAUAUGCUGAACUCAAUUCAAGUACGAUUAACAGUGAUGAAUACUCAAUCACCGUCAGAUAGUUAUGAAAGUCACCGCAAAUCACUACCAGUUGGACAUGUAAUUGUUGGAAGUCGCACUGAUGGGAAAGGAUUGUUGCAUUGGCAUCAAAUGAUUACAUCGUUGAGAAAACCUAUUGCGAUGUUUCAUCCUUUAAGACGAAGCACUAAGAAGACUUCAACAUGUUGA